AGAGAGAGGCCCGCUUCUUUAAUCACUUUUUAAUUCUGAAGAAAAAUCCACGCUGGUGACAACUGCUGGGUGUUUCUACCACUUCAGUGAAUAUUAAAGUGUGAGCUGUGGUGAUGUCAUUCAGAGCUGACACACAGAGAAGACUUUGACCCGAGCAUUUACAGCUCUGCUUGAACUUUGACCUUUCAGGUCAGAAUGACUCGGUACGUCCAACGCCGUUCAGAUUUCAUUCUUCGUUAAACACAGCAGCUUCCUGUAGCACCAGGUCAGUGGAUCWGUUUCUGAUUCAUGAGAAAAGAGAAAARGUCUCRUCCAGUGAGACUUUAUUACCAGGAAAUUCAGCRUUACUGGUUUUUAUGGUGCCGCGCCUAAAAGAGCAGAACAGAAAGAUCCAGAAAGCCACAGAAUCCGGACAACGGCUGCAGGAUGAGCGCCUCUCGGACUCCGUCACACCUGGAAUCCCACCUGGAAUCCCACCUGGAAUCCCACCUGGAGUCCUUGGAGUGCCACUUCACGUGGGAUCUGGACCUCAGCAGGUCCAAGCUGCUGUGUCUCCGGGACGCGCUGGAGGACAUCGGUCCAGAGUUGGGCUACUGCUGGCUGGGCCACAUCUACAACCUGCAGGGCUUCGUCCACCAUCAGCUGGGCCUCCUGGAAGACGCGCGGCGUUUCCUGUGCAGGGCGGCCGAGGCGUUCCGCCAGCUGAGGAACACCGUCUCAGACGAAGGCCCCUGGUUGGUGGUGAACUACGGGGACAUGGCCUGGCUGCACCACCGGCUCGGGGAGCGGGCGCGUAGCGGAGAGUAUUUAUCAAAGGUUGGAGCUCUGAUGACCGAGUACCCGUCUCCGUCUGCGGACGACCCGCACCCGGAGAUCUGCGCCGAGAAAGCCUGGACUCUGAUGAAGUUCAAUCAGAAGCUGCUGGCUGUAGAUUAUUUCCAGAAAGCCAUCAGGAUGCAACCGGACAUGGUGGAGUGGCACACCAGCCGGGUGCUGGCAUUGGUCAAAGCCUUUCAGAAACAAAACCUGGACUCUGACAUCCUGGAGAAGGUGAAGAUCGCCAAACAGCACGACCUGGAGAACUUGUACCUUGUUGCGCUCUACCUGGAAGCCCAAGCUCAGAAAGGAGCCAGGAUUCAAGAAGAAGCUCAAAAACUGGCGAGGAGAGUGCUAGCAAAGCCGGUUAGCAGCUACAGCGGCGUGAAACCGUUGCUAAGGCUCUACAGGACCCACGUCUCCAUGGACGAAGCUGUUGAUUUAGCAGAAGAGGCUCUGGAGAGACACCCCAACGCGCGAUACAUCAAGAAAUGCGCCGCAAUCUGCUACAAAAGGAAAGUCUUUUCCCAAAGCAACAAGCACCUGGAUCGCAGCCUGAUGGACAGAGCAAUCAGUCUCCACAAGCAAACCAUCGCUCUCUACCCUCAGUCCUCCCUAAAGAUGCAGAUAUCUUUGGCAAACAUGUAUGUGAAAUCAAACCAGCGAGCUGAAGCCGAAGACGCGUUCGAGGAGCUGCUGAGAAGAGACUUGGAUCCCGAAGAGGAGCAGAUGGUUUGCAGCUUCUAUGCCAAAUAUCUGCAGUACAGCCAGAAGGAGAGGAAGAAGUCUGUCCGGUUCUACAUGAGGGCAGCGGCGAUUCCUCACCACAGCUUCUACCGGGACGACAGCAUCAGGCGGCUGGAGAGGAUGAGCCAAGAGAAACGGCAGCCGAUGAGCCGAGACAUAGAAGACUUCCUGGUUCAUUUGUCCACCUGAAAACCCAAAGCAGUGAGAGAUUCUGCCGUUUUAUAGCAAAGUCAAGUAACAAUGUUACCGUCAGUAACGUAUAGAAAAUAUGAUUUAAGACAUUUUAUUUCAUAAUGUAACAUCUUAAAAUUGGGCCUCUUGUCUUUUCAAGAGG